GGCAACCCUAGUCACCGCCCAGGAAUGUUAGAUAUUGUUACUGAGAUACUCUUUUCACGGGUGGGAAGUUGUAUGAGCAAUGGGUCGAUUAAUAGCGUUCGGUGUUAUUGUGGCAGUUCUCUCUGCAUUCAUUGGAUAUAGGAUCAUCGAAUUGCAGAGAAGAGCGUUAUUCAACCGUGAAAUUAGACAAAAUCACCUGCCGAACUGUGAACUUCUUAAAGGUCUUGAAUAUGGAUCAGAAGAUAUCACCAUACUUCCAAAUGGGCUGGCCAUUAUUAGCACAGGCUUGGUGUACCCAGGCAUGCCGUCCUUUUCUGAUGGUCCUGGGAAGAUCUUUAUGCUGGACCUGGAGGCCGAGAAGCUGAAACCCGUGGAGCUGCGCAUUGGAAGGGGCUUUGAUAUUGGCUCCUUUAAUCCACAUGGAAUCAGCAUUUACACUGAUGAGAAGGAUCAAUCCGUGUACUUGUUCGUUGUCAAUCACCCUGAGGGAAAAAGCCAGGUUGAGAUAUUCCAAUUUGUUCAAGAGGAAAAUUCCAUUAUGCACCUGAAAACAAUCCGUCAUGAACUUCUGCACAGUGUGAACGACAUUGUGGCUGUCGGCCUAGAGACCUUCUAUGCCACAAACGACCAUUUCUUUGCCAACCCGCUGCUGAGACAGCUGGAGAUUCUUUUGCUACAGCCCUGGUGUACUGUGAUUUAUUACAGCCCCAAGGAAGUCAAGGUGGUGGCAGAUAUUUUCUACUUAGCCAACGGCAUAAACAUCUCCCCUGAUAACAAAUAUGUAUAUCUGUCCGAUGUUUUAGACCACGCCAUUAAAGUCAUGGAGAUACAAGAAAACAAGGCCUUACACCUUGUAAAGUCAGUGCCUGUGGGGUCACUGUGUGACAACAUAGAGGUGGAUGGUGACACAGGUGACUUGUGGAUGGGAUGUCACCCAAAUGGUGCAAAAUUUAUAAUGUAUAAUCCUGAGGACCCACCUGGAUCUGAGGUAAUCAGGAUCCAGAACAUCCACUCAGAGAAGCCCAUCGUGUCUCAGGUGUUUGCUGAUAAUGGCAGUUUGAUAUCAGCAUCCUCUGUGGCCACACCUUAUAAUGGAAAGCUCCUCAUUGGCUCAGUGUUUCACAAAGCUCUGUUUUGUGACUUGAAGUAAAUGUGUAAAUUGGAAACACAAUUUACUUAGAUUUAAAUACAAAAACGGAUGGAAAUGGAUGAAUUAACAUUGAACUUUUAAAUUAGUACUUCUGCGAAACACCCUUUCCUCUUGGCCUGCGCUGACAACAAUCUGCAGACUACUAACUGGAAGAUCUGACCUGUGUUAACAUAUUACCUGCAGGUUGAUGUACAGCCCUCGCUAUCAGACAUCCUUUCUUAUUCACUGAAUUUAAGAAAUAGCUUAUUGUGCAUCUUUAAAGUCUAUUAGCAUCAGUUUGAAUUUUAAUGAGGCUACCACUUGAUGAGUAGUCAUGUCUUUGUAGACAACAGACUGUCCCUCUCCAAGAACAUCGCAGCAGUAAGCCGGGCAUGCAGAUUUUUCCUGUAUAACCAUUUUUGACAAUUUUUUUGUAAAAUAUGCUAAAGAAAUAAAAUUUGAUUGAUUGAUUGAUU